GGCAGCCGGAGCUGUCGUCGUCCUUCGUUUUGCUUGCCUGGACAUGCAGGGUAGUACGUCAAAGAAACCGCCAAUCCUCAAGCUCCCUCACUUCCACGACUUGUUUCUAGAGAAACAAACAACUGUACCUGCGGAUUGUACCCAAAGACGAGGAAAAUUUACGAUUUUAUGACCAUGCGAGUGUGAAGUUGUCAACUGUCGACACUUCUCCAUCCCAGCCAGAGCUACCAAACCGCCUCACAAGCCAAAAUCCUAAAACCACAAUACCGCCAAGAUGUUUAUGGCAAGAUCAGAAUACGACCGGGGUAUCAACACCUUCUCCCCGGAAGGUCGUCUCUUCCAGGUCGAAUACUCCCUCGAGGCCAUCAAGCUCGGUAGCACGGCCAUCGGCGUGGCGACAUCAGAGGGCGUGGUUCUGGGCGUCGAAAAGCGCGUGACGUCGACGCUGCUCGAGACGUCGUCUGUUGAGAAGAUUGUCGAGAUCGACCGCCACAUCGGUUGCGCCAUGUCGGGACUGCAGGCCGACGCCCGCAGCAUGGUCGAGCAUGCCCGCGUCGAGUGCCAGUCCCACGCCUUCAAUUACAACGAGGACCUACGUGUCGAGUCGUGCACCCAGGCCAUCUGUGACCUGGCCCUGCGCUUCGGCGAGAGCGCCGACGGCGAGGAGUCCAUCAUGAGUCGUCCUUUUGGCGUCGCCCUGCUCAUCGCCGGCUACGACGAGGACGGCCCUCAGCUCUACCACGCCGAGCCCAGCGGAACCUUUUACCGCUACGACGCCAAGGCCAUCGGUAGCGGCUCCGAGGGCGCCCAGGCGGAGCUGCAGAACGAGUACCACAAGUCCCUGAGCAUCACCGAUGCCGAGACCCUGGUGCUCAAGACGUUGAAGCAGGUCAUGGAGGAGAAGCUGGAUGCCAAGAAUGUCCAGCUGGCGAGUGUAACCAAGGAGAAGGGCUUCAGAAUAUACACAGAUGAGGAGAUGGCAACCGUCGUUUCCCGGUUACCUGCAAACUAGAGUGGGAAUUAGACGGUAAAUCCAGAACGUUUGACUCCUUAUGGGACUACUUUUGAAACCACAAUUUCAUCCGCAUCACCAGCUUCAUAUUGGGAAAUUCGACUUGCAUAGAAAUUGCUUUCUGCAGACUGACACUCCCAAAGGCAGUAUGUAUAAUAGCUCGACGCCAACAAGCACACACCAUGGAUGCUGCAACACUGCUGGGCCAUCUUUGCACGUGUAAUGUCUCUAUCGUGGCUUCCUGUGCUGAUGAGCUGAUGAGGAAGCACAUGACACACGGUCUUCAUAUUGCGAAAGGGAGAAAUCCUCAUGGUUAGAAUAGAACCAAAUAUUAUAAAAAAGUUACCGCGUGGAGAAUGGAGAUCUAGCACUGCAUACAGGUACCACGACACCCACUCCAGCGCAUUGUGCUUGCAGUCGCAUAUUUUGGAA